GUCAAAGCUAUCCUCUAUAUUAUUAUCCUACCUGUACAGAUCUUCUGUAUAUUCUCGCCACCUUUUCUUGAUCUCUUCAGCUUCUGUUAGGUCCCUGCCAUCUUUGCUUUUGAUCAUGCCCAUUUUUGCCUGAAAUUUGCCUCCGAUGUUUCUGAUUUUCUGGAAGAGGUCUUUUGUCCUUCCUAUUCUGUUGUCUUCUUCCACUUCCAUGCAUUGCUCGUUUAAAAAUAGUUCUUUGUCUCCACUGGCUAGCCUCUGGAAUUGUGCAUUUAAUUGGGCGUGUCUCAUCAGACAACCAUCUUGCCUUCUUGGUUUUCUUGAUGUAUUAUGGCCCCUGAAAACUGAUAAUUCAUUCAGGUUUAAUCACUAUCAAAAGCCUGAUAGCAAAUCCUUUAACAUGAGCAAAAUGGCCCUCAGUGCUUAUAAGCACCCAUCAUUGAAAGCCAAGUCAGUAUCUUAGGUUCCCUUAUUAGUAGUUAUUAUGUGAUGCUAAGUUAAAAAGAACCAUGUGACAAAUUCAUGGGGUUGCCAUGAGUUCAUAGGCAACAUGAAGAACCAUACAUAUGCACACAUAAGGCCAUCUGAAUGUAAGAUCUCCAUGAGUACUACAAAUCUAUUCAGGUCUUGUAAACCCAGGGCAGCCGUAGCUUCAUUUAUUGAAUACCUAGUAAAUGGCUUAUUGCCUUUGAACUUGGGAGUUUCAUUUUCCAGCACUAUUUUUUUUAUCACCAUUGUCAUUGUCAUCAACAUCAUCAUUGUUUUUGAGCUAAAAGAAUUCAGUAGUUUACCAUUGCCAUCUUCUAUACAGUACUAAAGAGAUAGCAAUACUUCAUCAUAAAAAUAAGCAUGACAGCCAAUCCAUCUUAACGGUGUAGCCAUCAUUCAUCAUUCUUGCAGUGGAAAACACAAAAUAUGCAAAUGCAUGAUUACAAGGCUGAUAGAUUGUUGCAACCUACCACUAGGCCAUGGGCAAGGAUUAAUGUCUCUAGUCCUAUUCUUUGUAGUAUUUUCAGCUCUGAAACUAGUCCUGCAAUAAGGAGAGCCAUAUGGGUUUCUGAGAAGUACUAUCUUUGCCCUUCUUACACAGCCAGUAUUUUCAGUGCAUCACAUAUUUGCCCAACUGUUUUUGUCUCUUCCAGUCACUACCAACAACAUCUAUACUUUUUGAUUCAGUUUCUAUUGUCAUACUAUUCUAAAAUAACAAACUGAAUGCAUGCAAGAACAGACUAUAUUAUUGCCAUUAUGCUAAAAUGCAUAAAAAUGUUGGCAAAAGUCACCUUCCCUGACUCCCAGAUAGCCAUAGCUAGGCUAGGUAUAUGAACUAAACUGAUGUAUGUGAAUCCUGUUGAGAGAUGUUUGAGAGAUCAUUGUAAACUUCUGUUUUUGGAAGGCUUUAACUGAGAAGAGAACAACACAACUCCACAGUUGCUAGUUCUGAAUCUGAAUACUGAACUCACCUAGUUCUCCCAAUCCGGAUAGCAUAAAUUGUGUCCCCCAGUAAUGGCCUUGGGAACUCUUUAUGAGGGUGCCCCUGUCUCUUAGUUGACUCUUCACAUGUUGGUGUGUUAAUAAGAUCAGUUGAUGGAAGUACACAUGAAACAUUCCAGUCAGAAGAUAGAGAUGGUGUAUUUAUUGACUUGUUCCUGGGGCCAAAUCAACAAAGUUCCUGCUCUGUGAUGGAUACAAUCCCAACCCCUGCUAAAUGUGGAGUUACCUCUUCCCAGCUGUGCUGAAGAAGAACAUAAUUGGCGUUUUCAGGACAAUCCUACAGUUGGAGUGUAGAAGGCUGGUUUGUGACAUCAUGGAUUGAUGACAAUGAAUGUAUCUGGCGUCUCGGAAAGAAUGGGCAUGGAGAACAGAGCAAGGCAACGAAUUACUCUUUCUAGUAGAUGGCUGGCUUGGAGAAUAUCCUGAUCUAUGCAGUCAAACAUUGUCCUGAUAAAUUCAGCAAGGGCUCUCUUCUCUAUUGCCAACGAAAAUAGCAGAGACAGCCAUAAAUGUAUAAUUUAACCAGGCAAUUGAAGAAUUUUCUUUCCCUUGCCGGUAUAUCACUUGAACAGUCUUUGUAUUCUGAGGAGUUCUGAUGUUGGAGGCAUCUGGCUCAGAAAGCAAGGUCUCUUUUAAACCUCUGGAAUGUUUAUGACACUACGGUUAUUUAACAGAACUACAGUAUGGAUUCGCAAAGCACUUUCCAAGUAUGACAACUGCAGAAGUCAGUCUUACUCUUGGAACAUUGCUUGCUGUCUUUUUACUAAUAUCCAUGGCUUCUGAUGAACCACCUUCUAGUCCCAUCACCAUUCCCAAGCCACUGAGCGAUGCUACCGCCAGAGUUGCUAUCAGUUCCACGAGCUGCAGCACUACCUGUGGCUUGGGCUACAAGGUAGAGGAAAGAUGUAAAAUCACGACGAGUGGGGAAAGGCAACAUUGCUCCAAGAGGAGAGUGGACUGUCUGAACAACUGGAUUUGUGGGAUGGUCCACUUCACCGUCCUCGUUGGUAAACCCUUUGAAUUCAGCUGCCUGAACACAGAGGAGGUUGGUCCAGAGACACAGAGCUUUAGUUAUACAUGGAGGGUGGCCAGAGGCAUCAUCACCACAGAUGAUGCUCUCUUCAAACCUUUCAAGAGUUCAGGAUUUGUCAUUAACUUUUCUCCUGCUGAGGAAUAUGAUGCAGGAACAUACAGAUGUGAUGUGCAGUUCAUGAAAACGUACAAGAUUGUAAAGAGAAUCUAUGUUGGCAUUCGUGUGAUUCCUGGCCGUCUGGUGGAUCUAAACUUUGACAAAUCCUUGAAUGAAGAGCAGAAAUUAGAAAUGAAUGAAGAAAAUGAACUGAACGCUACUGUUGCUCCAAUUGAGGAACAACUGAAGUCUUGGCAACAAAGAGCUGCGUUUGUGUUUCUGGUAGGCAUUGGAAGUGGAGCAUUGGGAGGGAUUUUAUUGCACACAUUUUUAUAUUACCUCCUGAAAGCUCCUGCUGACUAUGAACACGUGGAAGAAUGAAAUGCACUUUCUUAUAUUCUUUCUAUAGGAUGACUUCUGUACUUACUAGUUUCACUAUAAGUAUAAAUUAGACCAUGCAUUGAAAUUAUAACUCCAAUUUGGUUCCUCCAUUUUUGAGCUUCUAUGAAAAGGUUAUUCUAUAAAAAACUUCCUGGUGGACCCAACCUUAUCCUACUCUUCUACUCUGUCUCUCAUCCAAAUCAGCUCCAUAGUGCAUAUUUAUGAAUAAAAGAGAAAUGAUCUCA